GCAUGGAACAUGGAACAUUUUUUAAAGGGGCGUGUAACAAAAUAAUCAGUGAUUUCCGACUACAUAUAUUCAAUUUAUUAUUCUUAAACUUAAAAAAAUUACGGAAUCACGUGAGAUAAAUCAUGUCUAGUGGAGCUUCAAAAUCUCAAAAAAGGUCCAAGUGGGCCCUUGACCUCACCUCGACCAGAUUUAAGAGCGACAAUGCAGGCAGCGUCAGUCUACCUUCUCCCCCUGGUUAUAACCCUUCAGCAGUUCAGGUCCACGCAGAAUCCUCCAAGGAAACUGAUUCAAGUCACCUAAUCCUGAAAAAAUCAUGGGACCUUGCUCUGGGACCAUUGAAGCAGGUCCCGAUGAAUUUGUUUUUGAUGUACAUGGCUGGAAGUUCCAUCUCAAUUUUCCCUAUCAUGAUGGUUGGCAUGCUGAUCAUAAGGCCGGUUAAAUCGCUGUUUACGAUGCAACAAGCUUUCAAAGUGAUCGAAGGAAAUCAAGUAAUUGGCCAGAAAUUCGUGUACCUCAUAGGCAACAUUCUCAACGUGGCUCUUGCCCUCUACAAGUGCCAGAGCAUGGGUCUCCUUCCUACACAUUCCUCAGACUGGCUUGCAUUUGUAGAGCCACAAGUACGGUUGGAGUAUCUGGGUGGUGGAGUAUCAUUUUUGUAAGUCCCUGGUCAUCAUAAUUAUAAUGAUAUAAUUAAAACUUUUGUUUAACUUCAUAUUUUAAUUAAAAUAAAAAUUUAACUGUCACA